AUGCUUCUCCAAAACGAGAGGAUUCCUACAAAGUACGCACCCCAAGAGGCAAAGGGGGCGGCUUCAAAUGCUUCCAUCCAGCUGCAGUCAUCAGAGGGCCAGACCGAGCCCUUCACCUUCACAUUCGAGGUCGUGAGGCCAACCGUCUUCCGCACCACCGUCACCUCCAAGUCCCGCCCCCUGCCCCCCUUCCCUAGCGCACACAAGCCCAGCUCUGGCUCGGCGCCCACGGAUGUCGAGGUCAAGACGUCGGAGGGCACACAAACCUUCACCACCUCGGCCGCAAAGGCCACCGUCGAAUGGACCGGCGACACGCCCAUCGUCUCCCUCUACGCCGGCCUGGAUGCCACGGGCAAACCUAUCCACGCGGACCUGCCGUUCCGCUCGUACGCCGCCGACGGCCCCGGCAUCGCCCAUUACUCGGUGUACAAGAAGGGCACGCUACACGUCGGCCUCGGCGAGAAGGCGGCGCCCAUGGACCUGAGCGGCCGCGGCUUCAUCAUCUCGGCCAGCGACACCUUCGGGUACGACGCCUACCGCACGGAUCCGCUGUACAAGCACAUCCCUCUCCUCAUCAAUGUCACGCCCGAGGGCGCCGUUGGCAUCUUCUCCACGGCGCACUCGCGCUCGACGUGGUCCAUCGGCUCCGAGCUCGACGGCAUGUGGGGUGCUUACAAGGUGCACCGCCAGUCCCACGGCGGCCUCGAGGAGUACCUCGUCGUCGGCAAGACCGUGGCCGAGGUCGUGCACUCGUACGCCGAGCUUGUCGGCUUCCCCCUGCGCGUUCCGAGGUACAUGAUGGGCUACAUCGGCGGCGGUAUGAAGUACAGCGCCAUGGACACCCCGCGCGCCCACGACGCCAUCAUGAGCUGGGUCAAGCAGUGCGAGAAGCACGACAUCCCCUUCUCGGCCUUCCAGAUGAGCUCCGGCUACACCGUCGCCGAGACGGAGCCCAAGACCCGCAACGUCUUUACCUGGAACUACCACCGCUUCCCGGACCCGCGCGCCUUCACCCGCGAGGCCCACUCCCACGGCCUCCGCCUGCUCGCCAACGUCAAGCCGUACGUGCUCGCCACCCACCCGGAGUACAAGAAGCUGUCCGCCGCCGGCGCCUUCUUCAAGGACCCCAACACGGGCAAGACCGCCGUGACGAGGCUCUGGAGCGCCGGCGGAGGCGAGAGCGGCGAGGGAAGCCACCUCGACUUCACCAGCAACGCCGGCUACCAGUGGUGGUACGACGGCGUCGUCGCGCUCAAGAAGGUCGGCAUCGACGUCAUGUGGAACGACAACAACGAGUACACCGUCCCCGACGACGAGUGGCAGUGCGCCCUCGAGAAGACGGACCUGGUGCCGAUCCCCGAGGGCCUCAGCCGCAAGGACGUCGGCAUCUGGGGCCGCGCCAUCCACACCGAGCUCAUGGGCAAGGCCUCCCACGAUGCCACCAUCGAGGGUAAGCCCGAGGAGCGCCCCUUUGUCCUGACGCGCAGCGCCACGGCCGGCACCAUGAGGUACUGCGGUGCCUCGUGGAGUGGUGACAACGUCACCGCCUGGGAGUCCAUGAGAGGCGGCAACUCCUUGGCCCUGAACGCCAGUUUCUCUCUUCUUCACCAGUGCUACGGACAUGACAUUGGAGGCUUCGAAGGACCCCAGCCCACCCCGGAGCACCUCGUCCGCUGGAUCCAGCUCGGCGUGCACUCGCCGCGCUUCGCCAUCAACUGCUUCAAGACCAGCGAGGAGGACAACCUCAUCGGCGGCGUCAUCGAGCCGUGGAUGUACCCGACGGCGACGCCCAUCAUCCGCGCCACCAUCAAGCGCCGCUACGAGCUGGUGCCCUACACCUACUCCCAGAACCUGCGCGCCCACCACACCGCCGUGCCGCCGCAGCGCUGGACCGGAUGGGGCUACGAGUCCGACCCGGAGGUGUGGACCAAGGAGAUCAAGAACGGCGACACGCAGUACUGGUUCGGCGACGCCUUCGUCAUCGGCGGCGUGUACGAGCCCGGCGUCGACACGGCCAAGGUCUACCUCCCCAAGAAGGGCGACGGCAGCGACUACGGCUUCCUCAACACCAACGCCCCCUACGAGCACUUCGAGGCCGGCAAGUGGCACACCGUGCUCUCGCCCUGGUACACCUCCAUCCCCGUCAUCGCGCGCGUCGGCGCCGCCGUGCCGGUCGGCAAGCCCGUCGACACGACCUCCCGCAAGGAGGACGACCCGGAGUUCCCGAACCAGGCCAAGGACGACUGGCGCGGCGUCGAGAUCUUCCCGCCGCCCGCGCUGCGCGGCGCCGCCGCCAAGGGCGUCGUGUUCGAGGACGCCUGGUACGAGGACGACGGCAUCAGCCGCGAGGUGGCGGCCGAGUUCAAGUUCACGAUCCGCUACGAGAUCGUCGACGACGCCAUCUCCGUCGAUGUGAAGGCGGCCGUCACGGAGGGGUCCAAGGAGGGCUGGAGCCCGCUCUGGCUCGACAAGGGCAUCGACGUGCUGCUGCCGGUGGGCGAGGAGAGGCGUGUCGUCGCCAAGGCGGGAGAGGCUACCGAGAAGGCUUUGGAUGCGAGGGGGCGCAGGACGUGGAACGUCCCCGUAUCCCUGUAG